AGAUUAUCAAAAGAUCUACCAAUCGAAACAUUGAAAAUGGCAUCUCCAAUGAGCGAAGGUGGAGCCUUCAAGGCGCCUCAAGCUGCGCAAAGUCAACCGAAGCCAGGGUUGGAAAGCCACAUGGCACCGCCCAGCGAAUCGACCAAAUUGGAGUCCAGCGAGGGAUUGAUCGAAUAUGUCGGCUCUGGCAAAUUGAAAGAUAAGAAGGUUUUGAUCACUGGUGGAGACUCAGGAAUCGGUCGAUCAGUUGCCAUUCUCAUGGCUAGAGAGGGAGCCGAUAUCACUAUCGUCCACCUGCCACAGGAACAGCAAGAUGCGGAAGACACGAAACGGAUAGUCGAGAAGGAGAAGAGAAGCUGCCUUCUCUUCAGCGGGGACUUGGUCAAGCGCGAAACGUGCUAUAAAGCUGUUGAGGAGCAUGUUAAGAAGUUUGGGCGGAUUAAUGUCCUCGUCAACAAUGCCUCCAAGCAGUAUAUAUGCAAGGACUUUGUCGACAUCGACCUAGACAAGGUUGAAGACUUAUUCCAUACCAACAUUUUCCAAAUGUUUGCUCUCACUAAAUAUGCCCUUCCACACAUGACCAGAGGCGAUAGCAUCAUCAACUGCACUUCUGUUGUGACCUUCCGAGGAUCCAGCAGUAUGGUCGACUACGCUUCGUCUAAAGGCGCCAUCGUCGGUUUUACUAGGUCACUUGCGCUCCAGCUGGUUCCAAAGGGGAUUCGUGUGAAUGCUGUCGCACCCGGUGCCAUCUAUACCCCGAUUCAAGUCGAUACUCGGAGCGAUGAACAGAUGAGUGGAUGGGGCUCGAAGGCGUCUCUUGGACGUCCUGGAGAGCCGAGUGAAGUGGCUACGAGCUUUAUCUUCUUGGCUAGCCCAGAUUCGUCAUUCUAUUACGGACAAGUACUGCAUUGCUACCCGUUGGGCGACUAGAAGAGCGCCAUAGAUAUCAUUAGAUCCAUUCGGAAAACGAGUGUUUGAUAUUGGAAACUAGGAUUAAACAAAUGAACACCUGUAAUAAUUUAUGAAUCAUAAAUCUCUUUUGCGUCUAAAUGCAGCUAUAAUGAUGUCAGUCAUGUAGAAACACGAAGGAACAUAAUAUACAAGACUUCAAGCAAUGAACAUGCUCAAAUCUUUAGUAUAACAACCACGGCCUAGCCUGCGUGAGCGCUGUCUCCCACCCGCCUUGGUUCGUCCAAAUUGCAACACUUUCCACCU